AUGGGUCGAAAACAACAUCAGCAGAAGCACCAGCUACAACGGAAUCAAAGUAACGAUGAUGGCGAAACAAAUGAUGCGCCCGGCUCAUCGAAUCACACCGAUACGCAUGGUAGCGUUGGUGUGCCGACACUGCCUACAGCAGCGCUAUCUCUGUCAGCAACAUCCGUAGGCAGCACACCGCCGAGCAGCGCUGAAGCGACAAAUACCAACAAUUUCGCUUAUUACAUGGGCGCCGCUGAAACGGUGGCAGCAACGGCUGUCACAGCUGCAACGCACCGACAUGCUGUCGCAGCAACGCCACCACUACCACCCCCAUCACAAUCGUUGCCGCCAUCAUCAGCUGUGGCGGCCUCAUCAGCAACAGCGCACUAUCCACCACCACACCAGCAACACUAUGCCACGAGCAACGCAUCGGAUGCCUUUCACCACCAGCAGAUGCAUCUACAGCUACAACAACCACUACCACCCCCAUCACAAUCGUUGCCGCCAUCAUCAGCUGUGGCGGCCUCAUCAGCAACAGCGCACUAUCCACCACCACACCAGCAACACUAUGCCACGAGCAACGCAUCGGAUGCCUUUCACCACCAGCAGAUGCAUCUACAGCUACAACAACAAUACGAGCAGCAUUAUCAACUGCAAACAGCCUAUAAUCACCAGCAACAGCAGGCGCCGCCGUCGCAAUCGCAGCAAGAAGACUCGAGUCAUUUACCAGGGACGAUAACUGCGUAA